AUGCUCCACUUGCUGGCCGCAACGGCGGCGGCACUCCUGCAGCCGGGUUUGCUCUCGCUGCCGCGCGUCUGCCGCGCGCCGCUGGCGCUUGUACGGGCGAGCCUGUCCGAGGCGGAGAGCUCCGAGGUCGAAGCGCUACUUGAGGAGCGGGAUGCGAUGCGGCGCGAGCGUGACUACGCUGCGGCGGAUGAGAUCCGCGAGGAGCUGCGGUCGCGCUUCCGCGUCAUCGUCGACGACCGGCAAAAGAGCUGGUGGGUGGACGACGACUCGUCCAGCAACGGCCGCCGCCGCGGAGAUCGCGGUGGCGACCGGUAUGCGCAGUCUGGCCGCGGCGGGUCAGACGGCGACACCGCCGACAUCGAGGCGAUGCUGCAGGAGCGCGACGAUCUGCGGCGCUCGCGCGACUUCAACGGAGCGGACGCGAUCCGCGACGAGCUCCGGGAGCGGUACAACGUGGUGAUCGACGACCGGGAGAAGAGCUGGUGGACAAUGUCAACGCUGAUAUAG